AUGUCGGCACUCUUCAAUUUUCACUCAUUCUUGACUGUGGUGUUGUUGGGCAUAUGUGCCUGCACAUACGUUAAGAUGCAUUUUCCGGCACUUUUGGAAGAAAGGACGGGGUUUCGAGGUGUAUUCUGGAAGGCUGCUAGAAUAGGAGAAAGACUUAGCCCUUGGGUAGCUAUCGGGUGCUUCGCAAUGGGGAUCUCAAUAAUCUUCUUCUGA